AUGAAACAAUUAUAUUUCACAGUGUUAUUAAUACUAUGUGGAAUAAUCUAUUGUGUUAAAUCUACUAAUGUGACAAUACUUACACAACUUCAAUCAUUUUAUUAUCCAUCAAGAACUACAGUUUAUCAUAGAUGGUGUAAUGAACAAGAUCCAUAUAAUUACUGUUCACCUCUCUUUGUUAUCUGUCUAACAAAAAUAUCUUUGAGACAUUGUUUACAAAAGUAUGAAUUUGGUGGAUCAGGUUCAGAAUACGAACAUAAAAAGUUGAUCACUUUUCAUGAAAAACUGGAUGAAAAUAUAACUAAUCCACUUGUUUUUACCGUGUCAAAUUGGACCAAUGAUCUAGUGUUACAUGCAGCUGUAUUCAAUAAAAACCUUAUUAUUACUUCAUUAAUGGGUCGAUCCAGUAUUGUAAUAGAUUGGAUAGACAUACCAGGUACAAAUCAAACCGAAACAUGGAAGCAAAUUACCUUUACAGCAUUUGACAGUUUAAUGGAACUAACUGCGUCGGUUAAAGUUUUUAGUUCAGAAUCUUGAGAUAGAUUGACUCAGUUUUAUAUAAAAUAUACAUGGCACGUCAAUUUCCUUGAGAACUACAAUUACUCGUGUGUUUUUCUGAAUAAAAUCAUUUUUCCCAUCUACUA